CUCCUAUUGUACUCUCUCUCUCUCUCCUCAUUUUACAUCUGAGAACACAGAGAAGAGAGAAGCCAAAGAACUCUCAUGUUUUUGCUCAAAUCGAACCUCAACCUUCGAAGAUCCGAAGCCGAUCGAAGGCACUAUUAUCGCCGACGAAAUCUGGACGACUAAACUUCACCCCCAUCUCCAACGAACUAUUUGGCCUGGCUACGUGGCCUUCAAACUACCACACACGACAGUAAAAACAAUCAAAUUCCAUCAUUUGGCCUGGUAACGUGGCCUUUAUUUCCAAUACCAUUCCUCGUAGAACUUCCCCAAAACGGUGGUCUUCGGUUUGCCUAUUUCCCAAAGCUCUUCCCUGCCUCAUGUUGUUGCAGAUUUUGGUUUACCCAGGUGGAAUUCAGAUCAGCGACGCCGACAAUGAAGAAGAAAACAAAAUUUUUCCCUUCGAACAUGGGUUUCUCAUAUAUAUAUCUUGUCGAUGGAGUUGCUGUUGUCCUCUUCUUUCCAUCACUGUCAGCGUUCUUCCUGCCAUAACGUUGUGAAAAUUGGGCAUCCAAGGCUCUGGUCCUGCAGUUGCAAAUCCUAGCUGUUGAGAUUGGAAAGCAGCUUGCAAGAAAGCACUUCAUCCAUCAUGUCUUCGGAUUUUUGCUCUCUAGCCCUGUUCUUCUUCUUCCAUACCCUCGCUCCAGAAACUGCUGCUCUCCAGGUAAGAUCACUCUUUUCAUUUUAUGUGGUGAAAUGUUUGUCAUAAGCAGAGCAACAAAAUUAGAGACACAAAACUAAUUACAAAACAAAUGAUAUUAAACAAUUUUGAUUAUACAUAUCACAUGAUGAAAUUCAUAUUAAUCUACCUACAUUUUCUGUGAUUUGUUCUAUUAUCAAUUUUAUAUUCAUAAAUUCAAGUAGAAUGGAACAUGCACGUGAUGCACUAAAUAAAAUUGCUCCAUCACAUGGAUGUUUUUGUUUUGUUUAUGUCCUCACAUGCACAAACCUUUACAUGGUGAAAAUGACACUUUUAUCUCAUUAUUGGUCACCAAAUCUCUUUGCAAAUUACAACAAAGGUUGUUGGCAGUUUAUAAACUUGGAGACUAAGUUAACAAAAUAAAGUAUAUAAGUCAAAUACACAUCUAUAUAAUAAGGGAAGAAGGUUUUUGAAAAUGUAUAAAAUAUAUGUGAGAUACAUUUUAAUUUAAUGGUUGAGAUCAGUUUUUUUCCCGCUCAAACGCUCUCAGCUCUCUCUCUCUCCCACCUACCCACCUCUCUUCCCCAUUCCUUCUUUAUCUCUCCCCCUUUCUGUUCUCACAUGUCCCCAUUCCCUUUUUGUCUCUCCCCCUUUCGAAAUCGGACCCUUGGCUGAAGAAUGUUUGAGUUCAUCUAUGGUAUGCACAACAGUGAGCACAACAAUCCACCGAUUGGCGUAAACCUCAGAACUGUGAAUCGCCCAGAAUCCAUUAGAUUCGGAGAAGAAACUUGAAUCAGGUCAGAGCGUUUCACGGCCAUUGCGGUCGCGACCAUACUGAAUCCUCUAGAUUUGAUCAGAAGCAUUUGAUUAGGAAACAUGCACUUGGACACAGAACCACCGUCUUGGCGAAGGAAAUCGAACCAGAAUCCAUUAGAUUCGGAGAAGAAACUCGAAUCAGUGCACAAGGAUAAUUAUUGUUCAAUUGCCAUUGCGGUUGCGACCAUACUGAAUCCUCUCUUGAGAUGGAGAUGGAUCGACUCCUCCAGAUUUGAUCAGAAACGUUUGAUCAGGAAACAUGCACUUGGACACAGAACCACCGUCUUGGCGAAGGAAAUCGAACCAGAAUCCAUUAGAUUCGGAGAAGAAACUCGAAUCAGCAUUAAUAUAUGGAGAUUCUGUUCAGAGCUCUGUUGGCAUGUCAAAUAUUCGAAGAAUCAUAGGAGUUUGUCCCAAGUUUGAUAUUCUUUGGGAUGCACUGUCUGGUCAAGAGCACCUCCACCUCUUUGCAAGUAUUAAGGGUUUGCCCCCUUCUUCAAUUGAAUCGGUGGCACAGGAAUCAUUAGCAGAGGUGAGACUCACCGAAUCAGCCAAAAUAAGAGCUGGUAGUUACAGUGGAGGAAUGAAACGCCUCCUUAGUGUUGCGAUUGCCCUAAUUGGUGACCCAAAGUUAGUCAUAUUGGAUGAACCGUGUUCCAAUAUUGUAGCAGAAAUGAAGGCAUGGCUAUUUCGUAUCGUCUACGUUUGAAUAGGAUAUUUGCUGGUUGCAGAUUGGGUGACUCGAAAUUUUUGGUGGAUUUCCUGAAUGAUACAUUUGGCUCCCUUUGGUUCUUCAUUGAUGAUGUGCUUGUCAUGCAGCAAUUGUUGUCUGGUAUUCAUUGUUCAAUGUCUCUUGGUUUUGAGGAGGCCAAUGAUAGUUUAUGCUUUUGCUAAUUGGGUUGUGAUCAUCAAGACUACAUUUUCAAAAAAAUUUAUAGUCUUCCUUCUUUAGUUAAAGGUUCAGUUAAUUUGGAGAGAAUAGGAUAUGCCUAUGUUAUAGGCUUGCUUGAUGUCCCUCUUAAUUUGUUGGUACAGUAUUUUUUUGAUGCUCUUUUCCAGAGGUUCGACAAGAAUGUCAGGGAAGCAUUGAAAAAUUAGCUAAAUAGUUGUGUCUGGUGUUAUGCAUGCAAUCUGUUUGCUAAAAUGAUUGGUACCAUUUCUCAGGUUCUGGAUGGUCCCGCUACAGCUUUGUCACUGUGAUAUUUGGUUUUCUACACUUAUAGCUUUUUUUGGGUU